UCAAAAAGAAUACGUGUAGAAAAAAAACAACUUGAUAAAAGAUAUUUUCAAUAAAAAAGCAAAGUAUUUGACGGACUUUUCUAAUUUAUCUCUCAUUCUUGCUUGUGUGAGCCAAUGGCUUUGUAUAUUACAGUAGUGAUUUACUUCGUGUAUGUAUCUUUGUGUGUAUAAAUUCAUUGACUGUAAACGUGCAUGUAACGCAUAUACACAGUGAAAAAAAUAUUAUUUUAUCCAAAUGUCAUACAUCAAGGAGUGACAUUUAAAAUUCUGAAGCUGCUAUACGUAAACAAUUUAGUAAUAAAAGCAGCAAUUUUUAAAAAACAAGAAAAUUAACAGUAGUUCAACGAAAUUUAAUGUAUGUAAUCAUUAUAAACGUAAUAGAAGUGAUAAUAAAAUAAAAAUAAAAAUAUCCGUACGUAUAUAGUUACAUGUGUAGAUAAUAUUUAAGUAAAUAAGGGAAAAAAAUAUUUUUUUUAUCAAAUUUAAAGUGUCAAACAGAACAGUAUUACCAUCAGGCAAAGCAAUCAUAAUUAACCAAUAAAUUUAACUUCUAUUAAUAUUAAUAUUUAAUAUUAAUAUUCAUCAUCAACCUGUGACAAAAGUAAUUUAAAGAUUACAUACAAAAUUACUCUUGAUAAUCGUUGUUUUUUUCGUUUUGAUGAACGAUAUUUUGUUAUAGUGAGUGACAAACGAUAUUUAUAAUAUUAUAACCUAACUACCAAUUUGAUUGAAAAUUACGUGUAUUCAUCAGUAUAAGAAGAAAAAUUAUAAAUAUACAAUGGAUGUGGAUGAUUUUGAUCAACAUUUAUUGCAACAAUUCAGUUGUAUGGGCACAACAGAUAAAGAUGAUUUAGUAAAACAAUUACAAAGAUUACUUGCUGGUAGCCAAUUAAAUGAAGCUACUGCUACUUUUUUUUUAGAUAUGAACAAUUGGAAUUUACAAGCAGCAAUAUGUAGUUAUUUUGACUUUGAAUCACCUUUCAAGCUUCCUAGUAUGUCUUUAAUAUGUGACAGUACGAUAGGAGAAGGUGAAUCAGUGUCUCCAAAUACGAAGUUCCAAAAGUCAUGGAAAGUACAAAAUUCUGGAAAUGAAUCAUGGCCUGAAGGACUUUGCCUUCAAUAUACUAGUGGUGCUGUAAUGGGAGAUUGUACAAAAGUUGACGUACCGACAUUAAGACCUAAAGAAAUCACUGAAAUCAGUGUCACUCUAACCAGUCCUAAUGAAUUAGGAGUUUUUCAAAGUAAAUGGAGAAUGAUGACACCUUCUGGCUCCUAUUUUGGUGAUGUUAUUUGGGUAAUAAUCACAGUCAGUGAGACUGGUACUCUGGCAGUCACUCAACAACUUCAUCAAUUAUCAACUUCACAAUCGAAUGACGUUCAAAUGUCCUAGCCUUCUCCUUAAGAAUAAUUAAAUAAGUCAGAUAAUUUUGAGAUAAUCUAUUUUAUAAAUAUUGAAGA